UCCCACCAAAAACAACCAAAAAAAAUUGAACCAAACCACUUUGAAGUUUCAACUUUCAAUAUUAUACUUCUUCUUUCUUUGACAUAAAAAAUAAAAAAUAAAAAAUAAAAAGAAAAAUCAAAACCUAACACACUAUAGUCACUACCUCUACUCACUCCUCCAAAAUAGUCUAAUAUCCCAUUUAACACAUUCCUUCUCCUUUCUUUCUCACUAUCCAAAAAAGCAUCAAUGGAAUGUUACUCUUACUCCCCUACCCUCCUCAUUCUCUUCUUCCUCCUUAUCCUACCCGAGUCGGGUUUUGCGGGUCGGGUAUUUUUGAACACUUCCAUAACAAGAGUUCACUCAACAUGCACCACCCUUACCCCCACUACCAACGCCACCGCCACCGCUGACUUUCAGCUAGUUCUCAAGGCUUUCCGCUCAGUGACAGGGUUCAACUCUACCUUAUUCCUCCACCACUACAACAAACAAACCACCACCACCAUAACAGACACCUGCUCUCCUCCCAUAACGGAACUCAACCUCUCAUUCCACAACCUAAGUGGCACCAUUUCUUGGAACUUCCUAAAAAACCUUUCCCAUUUACAUUCCCUAGAUCUCUCUCAUAAUUACCUAAAAGGGUCUGUUCCUAGUUGGCUUUGGUCCCUCAAUUCUCUCCUUAAAGUCAACCUCUCCACCAACCAGUUCGGGGGUAGUAUUGUAAUACCCCAUUCGUCGCAAUUUUCAGGAAUUCAAAGUAUCAAUCUCUCACACAAUCGGUUCACCAAAUUGGUUAAUUUUUCUGGGUUUUCAAAUUUGACAUCUUUUGAUGUCUCUCAAAACGAUUUGAGGGUUCUGCAGUCUGGGUUUUUGCAGAAUUCUUCGAAAUUGGAGUUCUUAAAUAUUGCAAACUGCAAUCUUUCUGGAAAUUUGUCAUCGCCCAUCAAAAGCCUGAGAAACUUGAAAUUCCUUGAUGUUUCGAGUAACAAUUUGACGGAUAAAUUUCCUAAUGAUUUUCCGCCAUUGGAGAAACUCGAGUUUCUCAAUAUUUCGUCGAACAAAUUUAUGGGAAACUUUUCAAAAGAUAGUAGAUAUUACCACAAAUUUGGUAAAUCUGCAUUUUUAAGAGCUGGGAAUUUCAGUUUUUCCAAUGUUUUAGUCACAAAUUCGAAGAUCCCGCAUCAUAAAAUUGCGAGGAGAGAGUUACCCAAGGAAGAGAAAAAACAGAGGAAAGACAGAGCACACAAAUCGAGAAAAGUGGGACAUAAGUUCAUCAUAGGUGUAUCGUUUGGUUCAUUAAUGAUUGUCGUUCUGGGCUGUGGUUGUCUGUACCUCAUCCUGAGGAGAAGAAAGGUGGGGAGGAGUAAGAAAAAGUGGGUGAUUUCAAAACCAGUUCAAAGUCCUUUCAAGAUGGAUAAAUCAGGGCCGUACAAUUUCGAAACGGAAUCAGGAUCAUCAUGGAUGGUGGAGAUUAAAGAGCCUAGCUCUGCUCCUGUUGUGAUGUUUGAGAAGCCGUUGAUGAAUUUGAGUUUCAAGGACUUGAUUGGUGCCACGUGUCACUUUGGAAGGGAGUCCCAGCUGGGAGAAGGAAGAUGUGGGCCCCUCUACAGAGCUGUACUGCCAGGUGAGCUCCAUGUGGCAAUUAAGGUGUUGGAAAAUGCUAGGGGGGUUGACCAUGGUGAAGCUAUUGCUAUAUUUGAAGAUUUGUCAAAGCUUAAGCAUCCUAACUUGUUGCCUAUUUCUGGAUACUGCAUUGCAGGGAAGGAGAAGCUAGUAUUGUACGAGUUCAUGUCAAAUGGUGACUUGCAUUCCUGGCUACAUGAGCUCCCACCCGGUAGACCUAAUGUAGAUGACUGGAGUACCGAUACGUGGGAUUGUCAAAUUGACCCCGAAGCCACUCCCGAUAAUAGUAAUAUUAAUAACAUGGCAUCACCGGAGAAAUUAAAUUGGCUCACACGCCAUAGGAUUGCGCUUGGGGUGGCGCGUGGACUUGCUUACCUUCAUCACGCGGGAUCGAAGCCGGUUGUCCACGGCCACCUCGUGCCCUCGAAUAUUCUCCUCACUGAUGACCUAGAGCCUCGGGUCGCAGAUUACAACAUGCACCUAAUAGAAAAUGUUGGGUCCACCGAGGAUGAUGUGUAUGGAUUUGGGCUAAUUGUUAUCGAGCUUAUGACUGGUCAGACCAUCGAUUCAGAUACAUUAAAUAGAGUCAGAAGAGCAAUUAGGGAUGGCAAAGGAUCGAGAUUGCUUGAUAAAAGACUCAAACUCGACGACAACGACGACUUGGCCAAGGGUGCGGUUGAAUGCCUUCGAGUUGGUUAUUUGUCCACGGCAGAGAAUACUAGUAAAAGACCUACAAUGCAACAAGUUGUGGGUUUACUCAAGGAUAUACACCCAAGUUAGCUCAUUCCAUUUAAUUUGUUUGUAACUCACGUAAUACAAAAGGAGCGUGAUUAUGCGUACAAAAUCUAGGGGAAUAGAUCUUUUGUUUACAGUCCCUAAAGAGAUUUACUCUUUUACCCCCACUUAUUCUUAAAACAAGGCGUACUUUCUUCAAGUGACUUUUGAACGCGCCCCAAUA